AUGGGUGUUGUGAAAAACCAGAAGAAGUCAAAAACGAAAAACGACGCGCCGAAAACCGAAGUGGUGAACGGAAAGCCCAAAAAGGACGAGAGCAAAGUGAAAAAGAAAAAGAAAGUCUCUUGUUUACAGUGCAUCAAGUCGCACGAUGACGGUGGAAUAGAAGGAAAAUACCGUGUAGCGGCGCCUGAGCUCAUGCAAGAUACCUUCAUGAGCGACUCGGAAGACGAAGGAGGAGAAGUGGAGUGUCCCAUCCAGCAGCAACAGCAAUAUCGCUACAUGAACACCGAGGUGGGAACGCUGCACCGGGCCAAGCCCCUCGAGGACAGCGUCACGGAUGGCCACCUGUGGCCCAGCAACAAUGACAAGAAGGUGGCCACCAUCGAACGCCAGCCCGUCGACAUCGGGUUCCUGGUAUCGUUCGUGGUGGACGCGCGCGGUGGUGCCAUGAAGGCGAAACGGCGUGGUGGUGUUCGCAUAAUAGUGCCGCCCGCCGCCUGUGCUGCGCCCACCAGGGUCACGUGCCGUGCCGCAACACGCCGCGCUCCGGCGGCGGCGCCCCCACCCCUAAUGGAGGGCGAAGCCCUAGCUUCAAGACUCCUUGAGCUGCAACCGCAGGGGGCUAAAUUCUUAGCUCCCGUUAUAAUCGAGGUGCCCAUAUUCACCGCGUCGUGCCGCGAACGAGAGAUCGUCGUGCUGCGCUCGGACACCGGCGAGACCUGGCAGGACCACUACCUCCACAACAACGACAACCCACUGAUACAGGAGGCGCUGGCACGCGAGCGGCAGGAGCACGGCCCCAGCUGCGAGACGCUCGGCGAGAGCGGCGAGCGCGUGACGCGCGUGGUCACGUGCGACUUCCCGCACUACCUGGCGGUGGUGUCGCGCGUGCGCCAGGAGGUGCACGUGAUCGGCCCCGAGGGCGGCACCGUCUCCAGCGCGCACAUCCCGCAGGCGCACGGCGCGGCGCCCGAGCUGGCGAGGCGCGUGCUCCCGCGCCACGCGGCCGUCUCGCCCGUGCUCACGGUGGAGCCGCGCCGGCGCAAGUUCCACCGCAGCAUCACGCUCACCGUGCCGCUGCCCGCGCACCAGGGUCACGACAAACAGUCCACGUCGACCCUGCGGUUGCUGUGCUCGAUAAUGGGCGGGCAGGCGCGCGCCGUUUGGGAGGACGUCACGGGUUCGACCCCGCUCACGCUCACCGAAGACUGCGCCUCCUUCACCACCACCGUUUCGGCCAGAUUCUGGUUGAUGAACUGUCAAAAUGUCAGUGACGCGACCAAGCUGGCAACUGAACUAUACAGGGAGAUGCUACUGGUGCCCUUCGAGGUGCGAAUAGUGGUGCUCGGCAAACGGCUGGACGCUUUGGAGGGCAGACUUCUGGUUCUCUACAUAACCGACAGAUACGCCUACGACACCCUGCUGCAGCAGGAACACUACACGGAAAUCGCUCACUCCACCGCGGUGAGAUUCCUCGACGGCAAAGAGGUCUACCUGGAGUUUUCUGGCAACCUGGUGCCAGUGACCAAAUCCGGCAGCCAACCGAUGUUCACAUUCGAGGCCUUCAAGGACAAUCGUGUUGAAUUCACAGUUCGGGUAAAACAUCACGAGGAGAAUCCCUCGGGACGUGUUUACUUCAUGAAUGAGCCUAAAGUAGCGAAGGGCGAACAAUCCCAGACCCCAGCGUGCGUGCUGGACGUGGAGUUGCCUGAGCGUAUCGCGCCCAGAGCGGCGAAGAGCCAGAUGGACUACCUAAACCUGGAUCAAUCUGGCUUUGAUGCUCUGAAAGACGAACUGAGCUUCCAUUGGGGUGACCAUAACAACAGCCUGGGUCCCGCUUCCUUACCGAAUCAAGACCACCACGUCAACGGACACCACAAAAUAAUUAGUAAUGGUGAUGUCAAAUAUCCAACAAAAGAUACGGAAGACAAAGACACAAAACCUCAAGUGAACGGAGGCACUGUGCACGUGGACUCGAACAAAACCAAAGCAACGUUCGAUUCCGAUGAAGAUAAAACGCCGAUGAACACUUUGGAGAAGGGAAAGAAGAAGCCCGAAGGCGGUUCAUUCUUUGGCGGCAUAGCUGACAAGGUCAAGAAUGUAUUCGGCCAUAGCGAGGAUACCAACGAAGAUGUCAAAGAAUCCUCGCCCAAACCUCAACCGAAGCCUCGUGAGUCCAAAGACAAAAGUCCACCGAAACCGGCGCCUAGACUCAUAACCGAAGACCUGCUCGAGAAAGUCGACGACAUGUUCAAGGACAUCAAACGCAAACCGCACAGCAAAGACGAGGACGAAUUGGACAGCCAUGUGUAUUCCACCAAGUUGAUCGUCGACGAAGAGAGCGAUCGACCAUCAGGUCUCCAUGACAUCACCGAAGAAGUAUACAAACAGUAUGAGAAUAUGCAACCGGUCGAGACCCCUCUCCGGUGCAAGACGUCCGACCCGUUCCAAUUUUACACCGGCUGCUGCGAAGGCAAAUACAGAAAAGACCAAAUGCACCGACACGACGAAACAUCAAAUUUAGUGGAUAGGAUCGAACAAAUCAACUUCACCGUACACGAAAAACUUGAUGAGAUCCCUGAUAAAGAUCAUAAUGACUUUAAAGACGGUUUAGAUAAGCUUGAGAAUGAAAAAGAUCACCUUAAGCAAAAAUCUAAUGAAUUCACUAAUGACUUAAAGGAAAAAGCAGAUGACCUAAAGAAUAACUUGAAAAAUGAAAGUAAUGAUUGGACAUCAACCAUAGAAGAAAAAUCAAACGCAUCCGAAAAAGCCCUCAAAGAUCAAUUGAAUAAAUUAAAUGAAGAUGCCAUUGAGAAAAAGGAUAAAAUACAGUCAAAAAUUGAAGCUGAAAUCGAAAACACUAAGUCUUCCGCUAAGGACACUCUCAGUGAAUUAGCUGAAACUACUAAUCUUGCCAAAAGCAAAUUAGAGAACAAAGCCGUUGAACUUGACUUUGCCGCUAGAGAAAGAGCCGAAGAAUUGAGGCUGAGAGGACUCGACCAAAUGCAUGCCUUGGAUGAACAUGUAAAUAAUGCAAGGGAUAGCGUAAAUCAAAAGUCAAAUGAAGUUUCACAGUCUGUAAAUAACUUGAAAGAAAAUUUAAACCAUAAAGCACAAGAUGUAAAAAGUAAUUUAGAAGAUAAAGUCGAACACGUUAAAGAUACUACAAACAAAAAAAUUAACGAUGUUAAUGAAUCUCUUAACAAUGUUAAAGAUAAAACUCAAAAAGCUGCUGUUGAUCUAAAGUCAAAAGCUGAUGAAAAGAAAGAUCAGGUUGAAACGGAGGUAAAGAAGAAGAAGAAGGAAGGCAAGAACUUCUUUACUGGCUUGGUCCAUAAUAUUUUCGGUGAGAAAGACAAAAUUGAAAAUGAAAUAAAGGAAAAGGUAUCUGAAACGGAGGAUUUUACAGAUAAAUUAGUGAAACAAGCUUCAGAAAAGAAGGAUGAUAUUAAUGAUAAAUUAGUGAAAAGUAGGGAAUCUGUUGAAAAAAUUGCGCAGGAGCAAACGGACAAAGUAAAAGAGAGAAUAUCACAAACCAAGGAAUCUGCCGAUGAGUUGUUAAAAAAUGCAUCAUCGAAGAAAGUUGCAAUUGAAGAAAGUAUCGAAAAGAAGAAGGAAGAAUUGGAUGACGAUAUUGAACGUUUAGUACAAAAAGGCGAAGAAAAAAAAACUGAAGUACAGCAAGCAAUCAAAGAUAAGAAAGACGAAGCUGUGAAAGCCGUGGUUGAUAAAACUGAUGAAGUUAAACAGGCUGCAAAUAUUAAAAAGGAAGCAGUUGUGAAAAUAGUCGAAGAUAAUAUAGAUAACUUAAGGCAUACUAAGGAUGAAGUACAAAGCGAAGCACGGAACGAGCUAGAAAAGAUCUGGCAAGAGGCCAUUCAAACUACAGAAGAAAUAAAAAAAUCUGGGAGUAUGCUUAUGGACGGAGCUUCCAACAAAGCUGCAAAUAUACAAAAUGACGUUGCAGAAAAAUACGAUGAAAUAAACAACGCUACAAGCGAGAAAAUCAAUGACCUCAAGGAAUCUUCAAAACAAACUGUGGAUGAUGUUCAGAAAACAACAUUAAGUGCUUUUGAAAAAAUCGAUGGUGCAGCAAAGGACAAAUCAAACAGCGCUAAGGAAGCUUGGGAGGAUUUACAAAGUUCGACCAGAGAUACUUAUGCCGACAUGAGAGACGACGUAACGAGCUUAGAAAGCUCCGCACAAGAUACAUUACACAGCUUCCAAAGCUCCGCUGGAAAUACGUUCGACAGUUUGGAUGAGUCUGUGAAGGAAUACGUCAGUGGUGCUCAAAAUACUGUCCAAAACGUCGAAUCACAGUCUAAAGAGUUGUUUGGCGAGAUGAAGAAUAGUUUCGAAGGCUUCCAAAUAUCAGCUGACAACAAACUUGAGGAUGUGAAGGCGGCCGCUAAUGAGGGCCUGGAAAACGCCGGUGCGGCUUUAGACGAUACGAAAGUGGCUAUGAAAAAUGAUCUGAAAGGUGCUGAAGAGAGUGUGGUUAGCAGUGUAACCAGUGGGGCCGACAAGUUGGCAAGCGGUAUUGACGCUAUUGGAAGCUAUACCUUCGGGGCUUUCGACCAAGGCGCGAAGAAAGAUUCCACCACAAAGUUGUUGGAAUCGGAAAAAGCACAGUCUUCCCCUCACAAGAAAAGUUCAGGGUUCUUCUCGAAGUUACGGCGCAACCCC